UACAGCUCAAACAUAUGUAAAUAAAAUUCCAUUUUUAAACUUAAUUAUGACAACUAAUUUUGAACGUUGACACAAUCGUCAAAACUGACACAUAACAGAAGACAGUUUCAAGAUCAAAUUUGACAUUAAUUGUCAUUAAGAUUCAAUAAAUAACAAUUACUGCUUAAAAGAUCAGAUUUACAGAACAAUUACUAAACAGAAUGAUUCUAAAUCUAAAUCUUUUCAGGUUUAAAUAAAAAAAAUAGCAAAAUUAUAAAUUAUAUUUGUCACGUUACUUAAGUUUCCAUGGAAAUGUUAUAUCAAUAUACCGUCAUUUUAUAUUUUCCUUUCAUUUGAUCUUCAACUUAUUUCUUACUUUUUACUCUUAAAAAAAGUAAAAGAACCAAAAUGGCUGGAUUGCCAAAAUUGCCUGGAUAUAGUUUUACAGAUCCAACAAUUAUGCGCUUUCAUCUGCCUCAUUCUUUUGAUAUUUGUAAUGGUUACAAAAUGCCGAGACUCACAGGACCCGGAAUAGGGGGGCAACCACUUGAUGUUGAUUCUGUUGGUUAUUUCGAUAAAAUCGAUCCAGUUCGAUAUGAUCCAUCGUUAACAUAUGGAAGGACACGAUCAGUACCAGCUCCUCAAUUUAUUCCACAUUUUGCUCAAUAUGAUAAAAAAUGUUUAACAUUUCCAGCAUUUUUUAAACAAUCAGUGGUUGAGUCACCAGAUGAAUAUUACCGUGUUAGACAAGUCAAUAUUAUUUAUUUUUUGGAAGAUGAUACAAUUACAGUGAUGGAACCACGUGUGAAUGAUAGCGGAUUAAAUCAAGGCAAAUUAGUUCGUCGAGGAAAAAUUCAAAAAUUUGACGAUGGUACUUGUUGGCAUUGGAAAGAUUUUGAUGUUGGGAAGGAUAUUGCCAUAUAUGGAGUUGUUUAUCAUACUAUUGAUUGCGAUCUGUUUACUCGCGAAUACAUGAAAAGUCAAGGUUUGAUUAUGGGCGAACCGGAAGAAAUGCCACCGGAUCCUUAUAUACAAAACAGAAUUUUAUCGAGUCAACGGCAUAUGUCAAAAACUCCUGCUGCUGAUGAUAUAAUGAGACGAUUUUUGGAGUACGAUGGAAAAGUGUUAAAGUUUAAUGCUCUUUGGGAUGAUAGAGACUCAGAAUAUGGUGAAAUCAGACGAUUAGAGAUAAGAUAUUUUCUUGCUGAUGACACAGUUGCUGUCAAAGAAAUUAAUGAAAAGAAUUCAGGAAGAGAUCCAGUUCCACAGUUAUUAAAAAAAAUGAAAUUACCAAAGGUUUGGACUGAUCAACCAGUAACUUACCCAUCAUGCUAUUUAGAACGUUCCGAUGCAGAAGUAAACGAAUAUUACCAACCAAAAGAUUUCUAUGUAGGUGCCACAAUUUUCGUAUUAGGACGAAGAGUGUUUCUUUACGAUUGCGACAAAUUCACGCGAAAUUAUUAUCGCAAAGCGUUAUGUUACGAACAAAAACCAGCGAUACAAAUCCAGAAAAAAGAAAAACCACCAGUGGAAAGACCGAUGCCACCACACGAUGGUUUAGGCUCUUUAGAAGACUCAUUGCAAAACACUUUAACGGUGCUGCCAAAAGCGCCUCGUAAAGAUGUGUUACGUCAAGUAUUAAACGCAAAUAAGCGUCUUCGAUAUGAAAUGAUGUACGAUGUUGUGCAUCCAGAAGAUGCAAUAAGAAGAUUCGUUUUAAAUUAUUCUUUAUCCGAUGGGACAUGUACCAUUUUAGAACCACCGAUCAGAAAUUCUGGCAUCGUAGGUGGCAAAUAUUUAAGUCCUAAUUUGUUACAAAAACCUGGGUCGGAUCCACUCGAUCCAAGUUAUUACACCCCAGCCGAUUUUUAUAUUGGCGCUGUUAUUGAAAUUUUCAAACAAAGAUUUAUUAUAAUCGGAGCAGAUUUAUUCGUUUAUCGCUACAUGCAAGCAAAUCCCGAGAAAUUUCCUUGCGAAGUUAUCGAAAACAUGAGAAAUUACAUGUACAAAGAAGGUUUACUCAAAGACGAUAUUGACGAUCAAGUUGAAGAUAACAAAGAAUCCGAAAAGAAGAAGAUGAGAGAUGCGAUCGGUAAAGAAAUCAAAGACGAUCCAACAUUUAUGGAAACGUGUAUGAAACAAAUGGGAGUUGGCUCGACGGAUCCGGAGUACGAUGCGAAAUUAAGACAGAAACAAUUAGAUGAAUACGAAAAAUCGUUGCUACAUUCUUAUCAAGUACCACCGCAUGGUAUCCAACAAACUGUUAGAACGUGUUCUUUACCAGUUACCAUUGGUGAUGUUAAAAGUACGGAUUGUUCUACGUUGGUUGGAAACUUCCAAAUGGCACCAAAACAUGUUGACACACCGGAAGAAAUCAGUCAAAAGUAUUACGCGGACGUUUACAGAAGACAACAAGAAGUUUGCAACGAUACAAAACAGAUACCAUGUCAACCAGCACCGAAAAUUGGUGAUGAAUGGGUUUCGGAUCGUCCAAGUGGAGACAAACCUACACCAAUUAUGGUUAACCCCGUUGAGUUAACUGAAGACGCUUGUAAAGUAAAAAUGGUUAGAUUCUCGAACGAAGUCGAUCGAUGCGAGCGGGAUAAAUUCGAUUUGUGCGAAUUAAAUCUUGAAAAAACAACAUGCGAUUGCACUGAUUAUGCUAAAUGUUGAGGAAACAAUGAACGAGACUUUUUUUUUUGAUAAAUUUGUUUUAAAUAAUUUAAUUUACUUUUUGUUGUUAUCUUUUUAUUAA